GGGAGCUUUCUAUUCGACUUAAUUUGAUAGCUUCAACCUCGCACAUUGUCAGCCUCGUGCUUUGCGCGGCCUAGUUUGACAUUUGCCUCCCCCCCUCCUCCAAAUUCUAUAGCAGGUACCCUCCGACAAAGCCUAGCCGAUGCUUUAUGCACCGGGCACUCUCUCCGUACCGAUAUGUCGAAAAGACAGGCUUCCGAAGCUCUAGAAGAGCUCUAUAACGUUGAUUCGCCCGCGUCAAAACGAUCGCGGCUCGAUGACGGACCCGACCUGAGCGGCAGCGGCGCCUCCGCGACGGACGAGAGGAUCGACGACGCUACUCCCGUCGAGCGCGAAGAAGACGAGUUCGACGAUGAGCCCCUAAGGGCGCCGAUACGGCAAGCCGCUCCCACGCAAGGAUACGACGACCUCUAUCUCGACACCAUCCAUCGCAGCGUACUCGACUUCGACUUCGAGAAGCUAUGCUCCAUCAGUCUGUCCAACAUCAACGUCUACGCCUGUCUGGUAUGCGGCAAAUAUUUCCAAGGCCGCGGACCCAAGUCGCACGCCUAUUUCCACUCGCUCGAUGUCGGGCAUCACGUAUUCAUCAAUAUGGAGAAGCAAGAGGUUUACGUGUUGCCGGAAGGCUAUGAGGUGAAGAGCAAGUCAUUGGACGAUAUAAAAUACGUUUCCGACCCGACAUACACGAGGCAGGAGGUGAUGGACCUGGACCGCAAAGCUCGCACCGCCUGGACACUCGACGGCAAAGAGUACACCCCUGGUUUCGUUGGGAUGAAUAACAUCAAGGAGAACGACUACCUAAACGUUGUGGUCCAAGCCUUAUCCCACGUUACGCCGCUGCGAAACUACUUUUUGCUGGAAGACCUCUCGUCGCGUCCCGAGCUCGUAAAGCGAUGCGGCAUCCUGUUCCGCAAGAUCUGGAACCCUCGCGCUUUCAAGAGCCACGUGUCACCCCACGAGCUGCUACAGGAAAUCUCGUUGAAGUCCAACAAGAGAUUCACCUUGACGACGCAGUCCGACCCCGUCGAAUUCUUGUCGUGGUUUCUCAACAACCUCCAUCUCGGACUGGGUGGAAGCAAAACCAAGCCGGGGAGUAGCAUAAUACAACUGAUAUUCCAGGGGAAGCUGAAGGUCGAGUCGCAGGCAAUCACCGCCAAGGCAGAUGCCGGCGACCGCCUGCGAUUCGAAGAGGCGGCGGAGGUGAAGACAGACAUCAAUCGCUUUCUGCUCUUGACGCUCGAUCUACCGGCGGCGCCCCUAUUCCAAGACGAACUAGAGCGCAACAUCAUCCCCCAAGUCCCCCUGACCACUAUCUUAACCAAGUACGACGGCGUCAAGGCGCAAGAGCACCUCGCGCAGAGGAAACGGUAUCGACUGAUGCACCCCUUGCCGCCGUACCUCAUGUUCCACAUCAAGCGCUUCUCGACAAACAAGUUCGUGUCAGAGCGCAAUCCCACAAUCGUCACCUUCGACGCGCGCGUCGGACUCGACGUAUCGCCCUACGUAGAGCCGAGCCCGGCGGACCACCCCCCGGGGGAGCCGAUCUGGUACGACCUAGUCGCGAACGUCACCCACGAGGCGGUCAGGGCGAAGGAGGACGUAGCCGAUUCGGGAGAGGAGCGGAAGACGUGGAAGGUCCAGCUCAAGGAUAAAGGGAGAGACGAGUGGGUGGUGUGCCAGGACCUUUUCGUCGAGGGGACCCAGAAGGAGCUGCUAUACCUCGGCGAGUCGUAUCUGCAGAUCUGGGAGCGGCGACGAGACCACAAGGGCAAGCGGAAAACUUGAGGUGCGAUCGAGUCAAAUUUGAACGAGUAACCGUCGCGUUAGGCUAUAAUACCUCGUGGAAGGCUGCGGCGAAAGCCAUAUAUACACGAUUCUGAGUCAACCUGGUACGUCUCUCUGAAGUAGCGAAUCUGC